AUGGCAGAAAACGACCGGAACAGCAUCCCCCCAGCCCCAGCCUACUUCCCCACAUCCGCCGACUCCCCCCUCCACCCCCCAACCGCCCUCUACACUACUCUCCGCGACCUCCCCUCCACCUCCCUAAUAAAGACCCAGGACUUCACCAUCCCACCCCGCAGCGGAAAAGCCUGGACCGUUCCCGCAGGCGCACUAUUCCGUCUCUCCACGCCCGAAGGGCCCCAAGUCGGCGAUUUAAACGUGUGGAACCAGCAUGAUCCCCGAGAGCGCUUCUGGGCAUCUAGGACGAGGCAGUUGCAGGGGAGUCAUGUGGUGCAGGGGGAUAGGCUGUGGAGUUGCCUCCCGUUUAUGAGGCCGAUGUGUGGGCUUGUGGAGGAUGGAUGUGAGAUUAGGGAUUCCGAGGGGAAGGGCAUGGGGAAGGGGAGGGAGAGCAGCAGGGAUGAGAGGGGUGGGGUUACGAGGUGGGGUGGACGGUGUAAUGAUUUGUUGGGGACGAGGUGUGAUCCUUAUGAAUUCGACAUUCACGACGUACUCAACGUAUUCCAAGUCACAGGUCUAGAUUCGCAAGGCCGCUACUUCAUGGAAGCUAGUCCUGCGACCAAGGAUAGCUUUCUCACCUUCUUCGCCGAGUUGGACUUGUUAUGUGCGCUGAGUACAUGCCCAGGUGGUGACCUAAGCCGGUGGGGCUGGACGCAGGCGGAAGAGGGAAAAGAGAAGAAAGAGGGAGAUGAUGAUGAGGGGAUGAAGAGUACGUGCCGACCUAUUCGGGUAGAGGUUUAUGAGAUCAAGGAGGAAAUCAAAGGGGAGGUGUUGAAGGGGUGGAAGAAGCCGGAGAAGAGUGGAUAUAGGGGAAUGCAUGGGAUGCGUAUUCCUGAGGGCGAGGCCUAG